AUGAGGCCGAACAUUCGCGCUCUCGAUGGCUUGCUUCAUAUAUGCUACGACCUGCCCCACCGUGUUCAUACAGCUAAAUCAUACCCACUGCCUUCACCCAAUGGCUCCACAAUUUUUGUUUACGGGCAUGAGCAGGGUCUUCGCGUUGUCUGGAGAGGAGGACGAGCUUUCAAGCACCAGCCAAUGGCUAUGGAGAAGAAGCCCACGUCCAACAACGCAAGUGAGGGUGCAAUCAUGAUUAUUGAUUCUGAUGAAGAGGCGCCUGAGAAAUCUGAGCAGCCGCCGUAUCAUGACAAUCCAGAUUUCGAAGAAGAGGAUGGCGAGUUCGAUGUUUCCGAGCCUUAUGAUCCUGUUGUACAGACGCUGGAUCUAUCACUUGGUGUUGAGGUUCUACAUCUGGAUUUCCCUCGUCUGCCGGCAGACGCUCAGAAGUCAAGCCUAGAAUCACUACCCAUCCUCUUUUCUCAGAAGCUUGUUCUUGCUGUGGCUUGCUCUGAUUGUUCGGUCAGAAUACUUCUGGUCCCUCUUCUGCCACCCUCUCCACAAAGUAUGUAUAGACUCGAAUUGAGGAAUACGGCUUCCAAUUUGGUCAUUGGAAAAAGCGUAUUCGGUGAACAGAUGUUCGUGCUUUCGAGCGGUACUACACAUCGAAGCAUCCCUAAAAGUGUUUCGAUAACCAUGACAUCGACCCCUCCAGAAGAUCUGAAAGACGUUGGUAUGGCCGAAGAUGAUACCAGCAGUAAGAAACCGGAUCUACGACGUAACGUCUCACGGUCUGCUUCGCGAAGUCGCAGUAGAUCUCGACUUGGAGAUCAUCAAUGGGACUUGCUCAUUGCAUCGCACUCUGCAGACCUCUCAGGCCUACUCCUGAUCCACAGGAUCCCUAUACUUGUGGGGGAAGCGGGCUUAUCUCCCGAGUUGCACAUUCCAUGGCGGACUCAAUAUCUUGCCUCACCAACCGUAUCAGUAUAUUUCAAUUCUGCACUCUAUCCGGCAUCGCGGCACUCUCAAUUACUGAUCGCAGAGGCGAAGGGUGUGGUAAGGAUACUGGAUUGUCUCCCUCAGUCCAAAGCGGCCGAAGGCUCCUGGCGCUUAUCCCUUUACACCGACUUUGAGACUUUGCAGGACUCCAAAUCAAGGCGUAAGCCCAUCUUAGACGCGCAAUGGGUCUUGGGGGGCAAAGCCAUCCUAGCGCUGCUGGCAGAUGGUAAGUGGGGCGUUUGGGAUCUCGAAAACGCAGGCCCGAAACCCACAGACGGGACCAAUCCUCUUUGGAGCACGUCAGUAGAGCCUCUGACGAAAUUCGCGCUUCAGGGUUGGGUUGGCGAUCCAUUGAAGUCGAGGACGUUGCUCAAGAGCUCGAGCACGAAUACAGAAAAGAUAUCUAAAUUAGCUCCCAUGACACCUGGUACCCGCAAAAUAAGACAGCAAGCAUUGUUUACAGAGCCCACACCUCAAUCAGACGGGCCUAUGCGAGGUGGCCUUUCUGUAUCCCCAGUCCACGAUGCGUCAGAAACUAGAGCAGAUGACGAAGCUGUGCUUGCAUGGCACGGAAGUACCGUUGCCGUGAUACCCAGCCUCUUCAUCCAUUGGCAAAACAAAGCCCGAGGAUCUGGAAAUCUCUUUGGGAGUGGGGCCAAAGGUGAACCAAAGAUGGUCUAUAACAUCCAGCCAGGUGGAGAAUCGUGCAAGGAGGCCUCUCUAAUGCCAUCCUCUCACCGCUUGGGGUCAGCGAAGGACGAAGCAACUCAUCCAGACAUACUCGUCACGGGAGAUCAUCGACUUGUGAUCGUAACUUCGCCUAUUGCAGAGCCACAAAUGCCUUUCUCUCCCCCUUCGCCACUUCUCUCAUCCACGACCGACCAGCAGCUGCUAACCAGAGGAGACCUUGACGUGAAUGGAAUGGACCGAAUCCUGGCCGGUAUGUCAAAGAGUCAAACCACGCCAACCCGCAGCUCCCCGAGUCUGUCUCAUACGAAUGGCAACAUCUUCCUGGUGUCGUAA